GAAAAAGUUCGCACGAUGAUCGCGGUCUGAAACGUCUGUCAUCGAUCGACGUUGAGUUUGUAAGUUGGAGUGGCUCUUAAUCGACAACGGUCGCACGCAAUCGAUCAAGACGGAGUAGACCAGGAUCAAGAGGAUCCGAUGACGGGGAGGAAGCGGGGGAGACUUCGAAUCUCGAUGGACGAAAAGGGAAGGAUAGGCUGGCAGGAAACUAGGGGUGACGCUUAAUUAAAGCGAUUAGACUUUGGGGUUAAUUGUUCUGGAACGUCAAACUCUUACAUGAUCCGACAUUGGUGCCGCCGCCGCGCUUGUUAUCGUCACAUCCCUUGGCAGGACUGAAAGGGCUAACGAUCCACGACCGGGCCAAUCUGAUGAGCCUCGAAUUGUCGUUGUCGCUUAAGCGAGGCUAACCAGAAAAGAUUGUUUGAUCAAAGACGAGACCUCGGCGUAUAUCCGAAAGUUUUUACGCUUACCGCCUGUUCAUUACGACGCCGUUGGCUUUGACAACUGUUAAGAAUAAAUUUGAUUUUAGUGACAAAACGCUGCCAGUUUUCUGCAAGAAUUUUUUUCAUAGUGAUCUUGCCUGUGUGAUCGCAAUAUUUAAUUUUCUUUUUUUGUUUACUUGUUAUUUUCUCUUGUACCAGUGAUUGAAUCGAAUCGUUAGCAAGCCUCUCGUGGUUUUGCUGUAGCCAUUUUCGAACGCGGGGGCCCGACUUGACGUACUGCGUGAUCGAUAUGAUCUCGAUGAUUGCUCAAUUAGUUUUAAACGUGAGUAAAUAAAGUGUACCGUGAAAGAUUCGUCCGGUUCGGCCGGCAUUUUUUGUGACCGCGCGUGAUUAGUGCGAGGUAUCUCUCUCUGAUCGCCGAGCGGAAACGUGGACCAUUUAGUGUGGGUGAAACACCUUGACGACAGUGCGGGAGCUUAAAAUCUCGUGUCAGGUGCCAUCGGAAAGAAACAGCCAUUGCAAGCUAGUGCGUUCCACUAGGAAUCGAUUAUGCGAGCGAGUAAUCGUGAUGACGAGUGAUUCGCGCGAUCGACGUCUCGUUUGUCCGGAAGCAACCGGUCGAAAUUGACGGAUGGUGCGCUUCCUGAUGUUCGCCGUAAUUGUACGACGGUGGACGGGGUCGAUACGGCCGUAAACCCGAUCAGCUGGAAGGAGAUUCGUAGCCGACUGAGGAUGUCCUCAAAGAGGAAGUCGCCACCAACGAAGCUAUCGGAGGGCGGGGGCGGUGCGGGUACAGUGGCAGGCGCCAACGAGGAGGAGGAGGACACCUCGCCGGUGGCCGGUUCCGGUGGCGAGGCAGCCGUCGUCGUCGGUGAGGAGGGUGCCGCCACCCCCGUCGACAUCGAGGAGUGCUAUUCCCAUCAGAGAGGCGGCGAGUGCGAGUCGUCCGGCUGUUCGUCGCCGGCGACGACCAGCGAGCCGGAUCUGCGCGACUCGCCGUCGCCCUCGUUGAAUUCCCUGCGUACAGCCAAGCGGCAGAGGCUGCUGUUCCUAUCGAGCCAGGAGACCCUCGCGCCUUACCACCACCCCCAUCAUCAUCACCAUCACCACCACCAUCACCAUCACCACACGAACACGUCGUCGUCGUCGGGCGGUGUAUUGGAACCGGCGAGUUCCUCGGAGUGCGGCUCGCCACCUACCCUCCUCUCCGUCGACUCCUACUACCCUCAUCAUCCUCAUCACAACAACAACAAUAACACCGUCACGCAAAACAACAAUAACAACAACAACAACAACAACGGCAGCGGCACCGUCGCCGCGGGCAGCAAGAGAUCCAUGGACGACGUUCUCAAAAGAUUAACGUGCAAGAUGAACAGCGAGUCCUUGUCUAUCCAGGACGACACCACCAAUACCAGGCGGACGUCACCGCCGCUGUCUUCCACACCAACUGGCCACAAUGCGCAUAGUGGAGGUACGACCACCGUGGCAAAUAACGUGGCUCUCUCACCCCCGGAUGCCGGAAGGAUACCAAACACGGACGCGCAGGUACAACAGGACGGCGUAGCGGCCCUUCAUAGGGUCCUAUGCGCCGAGAGUUUCGCCGAGAAGGAGCGUCAACUAUCGGAGAUGAUCCUACAGCUGCAAUUGAUCAGAGAGCAAUUGCUGCAACAACAGGAUCAGUCAAAGUCGUAUCCCGCUCACAUGACGGUUGACUCGCAGAAGCAAAUCGAGAUGCAGCGGCUGCAAACGGAGCACUUGAAGCGGCAGCAAGAGCACAUCAUGCAGCACAACAUCCAGGAGUUGCAGGCUCAGAUGACAAAGAGCCAGCUGAGUAUGUCGGGGCCGCAGUCGUUGAUGUUCCUGCCGUUUCUCGAGCAGCUCAGAGGGCUGCCCGUGCAGUCGCCCAUGCCUCCGCCGCCGGCCACAUCGACCGCCACGACCGGCAACAAGCACAUCAACUCCAUCGCCAAUAUGAUCAGCAGUCAUCGGGAAGGCCCGAGCUGGGCGACCGCGCAUCUCGCGCAAAUAACGACGCAAAUGGAGAAGGAAUCAUCGUCACCGGCGCCGAUCUCAUCCGCCGUAGCGCCGACGGCCCCGCCUCUUCAGGAUCUCGACGCCCCGCUGAACCUCACGAAGCCGAAAUCCACGUCCUCAGGCGCCACGGCAUCUUCCUCGCCCGGCAGUGACUCGCACUCGACCGGCGCCGGAAGCAGUGGUCAGCAGGAGCAACCGUUGGCGGCAACCGCGCCCAAGCUCUUCCCGCCAGGAUUACCGAUACCGCGGAAUUACCUGCCGACGCUUCCUUACGCCGGCCUGCCGCCACAUCUCAGCUCUCUAUCUUCGCCGAUGGGCAAGGUAAUGGCCAAAGACGAGGCCGGCGGACCGGGAGGAGCCGUAGCGGCUGCUGCGGUCGCGGCCGUGGAAAAGCACUUCGCGAUGCACGGACUCUACGGAUUGCCACCGAGUGCAGGUGCGAUGCCACCGUCAGCCCAGACUCAAAGACCGAUCAAGCAUUCUAGCUCCCGGGAGGAAACACCUCAAGAGGAGCAAGACUUUCUCUCGACACCUCACAUGUGGCGAGAUCCGGCAUAUAAAGUAGCGGAAGACAUAACGGAAAAAGCUAAAAUGGUGAGGCAGCAGAAAAGGGAGGGUGAGAACAAGCCACAUAUCAAGCGACCUAUGAACGCAUUCAUGGUGUGGGCCAAGGAUGAACGUAGAAAGAUCUUGAAAGCCUGUCCAGACAUGCACAAUUCCAACAUAUCGAAAAUUCUUGGUGCGCGAUGGAAGUCGAUGUCGAACUCGGAGAAGCAGCCGUAUUACGAGGAACAGUCUCGGCUAUCCAAGCUGCACAUGGAGAAACAUCCGGACUAUAGGUAUCGGCCGCGGCCGAAACGCACGUGCAUCGUAGACGGCAAGAAGAUGCGCAUCUCCGAGUACAAGUCGCUGAUGCGGCAGCGACGGCAGGAGAUGCGGCAGCUGUGGUGUCGCGACGGUGGUACCGAGAUGAACUUCUUGUCGCCGGUAAGCGCCGAUCUGGGCGGCUCGCAGCAUCAUCCAGGCUCAGGCGCCGGUCCGUCCGCGCGGCCGUCGGUCUCGCCGCCGGCAACGAUGCUGAACGGCGGUGGCGGCGCCGGACCGAGCUCAGACCAUCCCUCGUUCUAUUAUUCACAGGACAGCAGCCUCUCGCCGUGCACGGAUAUGAUGAACUUCUCGCCCGAGAAUUCCGGCUCGAUCGGCGGCUAUGACGCGAGUCCGCGGCACCACGACGAGGAUUGAACCGUGGCUCCGGGUCAGCCACUUUGGCCACCCGGAGCGUCAUCGUCAUCGUCAUCAUCGUCAGUAGCGGCGGCAGCGGCAGCCGCGGCGGCCGCAGCAGCGGCGUCCACGUCGAGGCUCGCUCAUGAGCUCUUCUGGUAAUCGGAAUCGUCCGCCUUGACGCGACACGUUGUGUCUUGAGUCUCACGCGUGGCGUAGGCUGCGUGCAGAAGGGAUUGCAAGCACGCGUUCGAGUCGCACUUCGUCUUGCGACGAAGCGAACACAGGAAGAGAACACUAUUCUUUAGUGGAAGAGGAGUCGGGUGUCUCGAAACCUCGCCGGAGGUUGUGAUAUAACAUUCUAUAUUUGUGCCAUCGUACACAAAACGCGCGAAGGACCUAUCCGCGAAGCAAAGGAGAGAGCGAGCGUGUCCAUCUGCUUGAAUCCAAAUGUCGCUCGAUCAUCGGUUAUUCUCGUUUUUCAAUAUUAAUUAUUGAAGAAAUUUUAUAUUUUCACAGUGCAAUCUUUAUGUUAAUCCGAUUCGAUUCAGGUACAUAUAUACCUACAUGGAUACAGCGUUUCGAACGAUACAAGCGAUUUAUCAUGAUGCGUCAGCGUGUUGGCAAUAUGAUGCACGGAUUCGUCGAAUAUUCUAACGACGUUGUUUGAUAUCAAAAGUUUGCAGCAACCGAUUAAAUUAAAUUUUUUAAGCAUUGAUCAAUGUCCGACGUUUAUUUUGGACAUUAAUUUGUGUUCAAUUUUCCAUUGUUGUGCAAUACGAUAUUAUUUUCAGGCAGUUUGUAUCGAGGCCGAUGUUUCAUUCAUUUGCAUAUAAUAUGGCGGCCGCAGUAAAUUUUCUGCGUAAGAUGCUUCUUUUAUUUCUUGUUGAAUUUUCAGCAAAGUAAUCUUUCCAAUGUGUUCUAAACUCGGUCUAAAUUGAAAUAGCACAAACGACGCUCUAAUCUGUCAGACAUUAAAUGCUUUUUGUUUGGUAAAUUUUUUUUUAUACGAGCGACGACGGAGGAUGGCGUUUCUUGCGCACGUCGACGAAAUUUCCUGCAUUCUCCUGCAUCGUAAUCAAAACUGCAGUCCACAUGAAACUCACGAUAGACUUUCAAUCAUCGGUAGCUAACGUGUAGAGGUAUGAUUAAUCGACGUUGAACCAGCGGUCAAAACCCGACGCUCGUUGCAUUCUCAAUCUUGCAUUCAAUGUACACGCGCAAAGUGAGGCGAGUGAUACGAGGGCAUGCGUGCAUUCGUAUAAUUUUUAUAAAAAAAAGAAAAAAACAAUCGCGUGCUACCUCGGCGCGCCGACUCGGAUGCGCAACUACUCGUGCUUCAUUGGACUUUAGAUACGCAGCGAUAUCACGUACACUUUGCGACACGAUGCAUGGCCAAAAAGUCUUGUUCCUAUUCCUUCUAGUGUGUGUGUGUGUGUGUCUAACGAUACGCCAUUCCGAUCGAUCGUAUCGAGAAAAAGAAAGAAAAAAAAAAAAAGUAAAAAAACUGAUCUAUCAACAAAAUAACAUCUCCCACAACAAUCGUGUGCGUCCGAGCGUGUAGACACGCAUGUGGCAAUCUUACUUGCGACCGCCAGUCAGUUGUCUAAAUGUACCAUCGUAUAUAAAACGGCCACGUUCGAUGUGCUGAACGAAAGGUACGGAAACCGAGUGAGAAGAAACUAAAUGAUAAUCGCUCGCGCGAUUAAUCCCGGUGCGUGACGGCUUCGUUUAAUAUAGAUGCUUAGUACUUAUAGUAUUUUCAUCGUUAAUUUAUUGACCCUAAUAUAAAACGGCGAUAACCGAGACAGGUAAUAGUUGACUGAGUAGCGGGGGAGGAGAGGGCGAGAAAGCUAUAAAAAAUAAAGACGGACAUGAGAAUUAGCGGAACGUCGAUAAAUUAGUACAACGUUACAGUAAAAUCGCGGAUGGGAUUAGCGUUAUGUGAAAGAUUAGUGCACGUCGGCGAUAUAAUUGUCACGCGCGACACGUCGCGUUUGUUACGAUGCAAUGCAGUGCGAUGGGGUGCGAUGCAAUUGUGUGUGUUACGUUAUGUUUUUUCGAAACUGCCUGAAUUCUGUUCGUAAAUGAGGGGUGAAUAUAGGGAACGAGGUUUAUGGGGGAAGUAAUUACGGCCUCAUAUAAGCCGAUGCAAAAGACGGAAACGAUUGUACUAGACUAGGCAAGCAUAUAGUUCACGGGACGAUCGAACAAGGGCGGUGUAAUGAUUUGGAGCUCGAUGUGAUAAUACUUAUGUGCCAAAUAGCGUUUUUUCGCGGGCGGGGGUUAAUCAAAAAGACCUCUAGUUCCGAGUCGGCUCGUUGGCUCGACGUGAAACGAAUUUUUAGCGUCUCCUCUUUUUUUUCACGUGUUUUUUUUUUCUUUUUGUUAUUUAUAAUCAGUGCAAUUACAUACACACGGUACCUAAUAUAAUUUUAUAAAGAGAGCCAGUAUCCUCGAUAUAUUCUGCACCCAUUUCGUUGGGGCUCGACCGGCGUCAGAUUAGGAUUAGCUUAAUGUUGAUAAUAAUUUAUUUUAUGUAUAUAAUGGAUUUGUACAAUGUGUCGGGGGAUAAUCAUUGAUCACGCGGUCCGACACAAGCGUCAAUAUUAUUAAUGUACAGUGUAACUAUAUUGUGAUGUAUCUACGUAGCUACAUUAUAUAUGUAAUUAUUCGAAGUAUGUAGAUUAAUAAUGUUAAACGCGA